AUGGGCCCUCUAUGCCUCCGUGUCGAUGGACAAUCCUUCCGAGACCCCCAGAACCGAGAGAUUAUUUUGAGGGGAAUUAAUGUGGCUGGCGAUGCCAAGUACCCCAAAAGUCCCGAUAUCCCUACGUACAUCUCUGACAAGUUCUUCGAUGCGGACAAUGUGUCCUUCGUUGGACGACCUUUCGCCCUUGAAGACUCCCACACGCACUUCAAAAGGCUUCGGAAAUGGGGCUACAAUUCUAUUAGGUACAUUUUCACCUGGGAGGCCAUCGAACAUGCUGGCCCCGGUAUAUACGACGAGGAGUGGAUUGCGUUCACGAUCGAGGUCCUCCGUAUAGCAAAGCAGUAUGGAUUCUACGUAUUUAUGGAUCCCCAUCAGGACGUGUGGUCGCGACUGUCAGGAGGAUCUGGAGCGCCCAUGUGGACACUUUAUGCUGCAGGGCUGGAUCCUAGAGCCUUCAAAAAGACCGAGGCUGCUCUGGUGCAAAACACAUACGAUAAUCCUUCUGAAUUUCCGAAGAUGAUUUGGAGCACGAAUUAUACCCGUCUGGUUUGCCAGACUAUGUUCACUCUGUUCUGGGCUGGAAGAGACUUUGCGCCAAAAGCAGUCAUCGACGGGGUGAAUAUUCAAGAAUAUUUGCAGGGUCACUUUAUUGCUGCCUGUAAGCACCUGGCCCAGAAGAUUCACGACGCCGGCGAUCUCGAAGAUGAAGUGAUCAUUGGCUGGGAGAGUAUGAACGAGCCUCACCGAGGCCUCGUUGGUGUGCAGGACAUCUCAGUGAUUCCAGCCGAACAACAGCUCCAGCUCGGAACAUCGCCCACCGCAUUUCAGGCGAUGCUGACUGGCUCUGGACGAGCUUGUGAAGAAGGAACAUGGGCCUUUGGUAGCUUUGGCCCCUAUCAGACUGGCCGAGAGCUGGUAGACCCAGAAGGAGAGUCGGUGUGGCUACCAGUGGACUACAAUGACAGCAAGUACGGCUGGCAACGGGAUUCUGGCUGGAAGCUUGGGGUGUGUCUCUGGGCUCAGCAUGGUGUCUGGGACCCGUCGAGCGACACGCUUUUGCAGAAGGAUUAUUUCUCAAAGAAUCCUCAGAGCGGCGAGAAGCUUGACUACGAGAAAUUCACCAACUCAUAUUUCUUGCACCACUACCGAGCAUAUCGAGACGCUAUACGGAGUGUCUGGCCCGGUGCUAUCCUGCUUUGUCAACCGCCUGUCAUGGAGGUACCCCCCGACGUCAAGGGAACCGUUGAUGAUGACCCGAAUAUGGUCCAUGCUGUUCACUUUUAUGACGGACUUACCCUCUUGACAAAGCAUUGGAAUCGACUCUACAAUGUGGAUGUCAUUGGGGUCCUUCGAGGCAAGUAUCUUGCCCCAGCCUUUGCGGUGAAAAUUGGCGAGACUGCCAUCCGGAACUGCCUGCGCGACCAGCUCAAAUUUCUUCGGGAUGAGAGCCUGAACUACAUGGGAAAUCACCCGAUGAUUUUCACGGAAAUUGGAAUACCCUAUGACAUGGAUGACAAGCACGCCUACAAGACCGGGGAUUAUAGCAGCCAAACCAGUGCCAUGGAUGCGAAUCAUUUUGCGCUGGAGGGUAGUGCCUCAAAUGGGUUUACCUUAUGGGUCUAUAUGACACAGAAUGACCAUGAAUGGGGUGACCAGUGGAACGGAGAAGAUCUAUCGAUCUACUCUCACGACGACUUGCAAUUGCCCGGUGGAACCACGACCCGUUCGAUUCAUCCCCACUCAGCGGCCUAUUCCGAGAGCCAGAGCAGUGGGGAAGAACAAGAGAUUGGCCCUCGUAAUCUCAAACGAGCUUUGACAUCUCCAUCAAUCUCGAGUGACUACUCUCAGGAACCCUUGCGACAGAAUCAGGGCUACCGCGCCGCGGAGGCGUUCCUUCGUCCGAGCCCCAUUUAUGUCAAUGGGCGAUUGAAUCGCCACGUCUUCGAUCUCAAGGAAUGCACAUUCACGAUGGCUUUGACUACCCAAUCUUCCACGGCAUCUGAUGCUCCGACUGAAAUUUAUCUUCCCGACUUCCAUUUCCCCGAGGCGAAUACUGUGGUCACAGUCAGUGGAGGCAAAUGGGAGAUUAACUCCCAGGAUAUCCAGACUGUCAAGCUUCAGUGUCUGCGAUGGUGGCACGCUGAAGGAGAGCAGGAGAUCAAGAUUGAAGGAAUCAAGCGUAAACCAGGCGAAUUUUCCAACCCGUCGAGCGAAGACGUCACAUAUCUUGAACAGUGUCAGCGAGGCCAAUGUGCGAUAAUGUGA